CAACAUUUUCAACUCUGACGAAGCGCACGGUUCGACGGACUCAGCUAAAAUCAGUUGGAAAUCAAAUAUUUUAGAAAAACGUCAAGUUUUUUGGAACACACAAAAAAGAACCAACAUUGACCUUUGGCAGGAGCUUGUGAUAAACCACACAGGAAAGACGAAAGCCAAAUACAUUGUACAUUGUAUACUGUACAUAUAUUAAUCUAGUAACCACAACAGAAACAAAAGCUGCCGAAAAAAAAACGAAGAAACUGCAAUUUUAUUGAGUGCACACGCAUACUGUUUGUCACUCGUCAGUCUGCCCGUCGACUCGUCCUUUGUGUGCGGUGUGUGUGUUUUGUGUUAAAGGUCAGAACUCAUAUGAAAAUGUCGCGCUCUAACCAAGAAGCAAUGUCAACAAAUCUCGACGAGGACAUGGCCUCGUCCAUGCAUCCAGCAUCCCCACUACUCGUAUCCCCAUCAGCAUCUGCAUCUGCAUCGAUGUCCAGCAGCAGCCUGACGGGUGGCACACCUCUGUUUAGGGCCAGCCGGGCCACGGUGGCCGCUGCCCUUCUGGUGGCCAUUGUUCUGUGCACCGGCAGCUUCGGAGUCGCCGACGGCCUCAAGUGCCACAUGUGCGGCCAGUACAACGAGGGCGUCGGCUCCAUCACGCCCUGCACCAACUACACCAAAGACAUUGCCCAUCUCUAUCUGAAGGAGUGCACCAAGAAGAGCGAGAAAUAUUGCGUGAAAUACGUUAGUGAGCUGUCGACCGUUCGCGAUUGUGCCACCGAGUGUGUGGAGAAAGAAAUUUGGGAGACCCAAACAUAUUGCUGCACCGAGGAUGGCUGUAAUUCUGGCACCCAUUUGGCCUACUCUGUCAUUUUGUUGACCCUGCCCUUCCUAUCGAUCUGGCCCACAGCCGUCGAUCUCUGGAACAUGAGGCGUUAGGUUGAACAAUUGUUCAGAUGAUUCACAAUAUCAUUUGUUAAUUUUUUAUUUAUGAACUUAUUUUUGAACUAAGAACAUGUAUAAAAUUCAAAAGUUUAGCAUUUAUAUUGAGUUUCAAAAACAAACAUACGAAAAAUAAAUUCUGUGAACGGGACCUAAUCAACUAAACAAAACAUAAAGAAGAAAAUUUCUAUGAAAAUUCAACCAUUCGAACCUGUUUUGAUGUGACUUAUAAACUCAUACGAUUCCAAAACGAAUUAAAUAUGUAUAUGAAUAUGUUGCAAUAUAUAUUUACUGUUAAUACUUUGCGGCUUUGUAUUUCUGACUGUCUUCCCAAAAUGCACCAUAAUAUCUGAAUAAAAAGAACAAUGAUAAAACUCUUGAAACCACAAAACUAAAUGUUAAAGAAUUAAAUAGAAGAAAAUGCAAAUGCAAACCUAAACUAAAUCGUAUUCACUAUAAAACAUAAUGCCAAAAUUUAAUUAGAUAUAACAAGAGAUGAACAAAAAAAUGUUGAGAGAAAGAAAACCAGUAUUGUCUGUAAGAAAAAUGCCAGCUGUCAAAAGUACAUAAAGAAAUGCAAUCACAUUGAGACGUUAAAUAUAUAAAUAUCAUAUAAUUAGCGUCGUUGAAUGCAUUACAAUUUCACAGUUCAUAAACAUUAAUAAAUACAUUAAACCUAAGAACAAGAACAAAGAACGAAAGUAACGUAGAAAUAAAUCGUGGUAAAGUAUAUGCUUUAUAAUUUCUAUAAAGAUCCACAAAUAUUACGCAAAUGUCAAAGUCACAGUGCGUUUAUUUUGGGGUCUGUGACUUUGUACUUUGUACAAGUAAUAUUUGCUGGAUACUCUAUUAUAUGUUGUUCCUUCUGGCCGAAGAUGAUAGGCGCUUAAAACGGAAAAUAUUUAGCACCUAUGCAAAUGUAUGUAACUUUAAGGUGAUACGAAUUAUCAUAGCGGAAAACGAAAAACGAAAAACGAAAAUCGAGCAAAUCUUCAUUCCACUGUUCAUGAAAUUCUAAAUUAUAUAUUAAAAGUAAUGUAAUACUAAAGGGAAUCCAUUGAUAACCAAAGAGGAGAUGUUUCUAGCAGAUUGACGAGUGUAACACAAUUCGGAAUAACGUAGGUAAAAAAAAACCAAUUACUAGAAUUAUUUAGAAGUAUCGAGAGAGUUUAGUGAACCCAAAGUGAAUUACGAUGAAAGUUCUAUGCGAUUUUCUUAUAGAGCACUUAUGCGAUUCCAUUUUUAAUUAUUUACAAUUAACAUAAUACUAACAUUUUAAAUGAUAAAUACUUAUAAACCUAUAUUUAAACAAUGCAUAUGAUAUAUACAACAUACAUAGAGACUAGAUCUAAGGGCUUUCCACUAUAUUAAAAGCAAACAAAAACAAAGUGUGAACAAAACAGAACAAAUAUACACAUACAAGAUUGUUAAAUGUUAGUUCCUCAAAACCAAAGCAGCUUGUGUAUUUAAAGCUCGCCAUUCUGUUGAAUAAUUUGCAUAAAAAUUACAAAUUCGAUGCUUAAUGAAAUCGGUAAAUCGGAUUUGCCAUUUAAUUGUAUUAAAAAAGGAAAAUCGUCUCUGACAUUUUGCCAAUUAAUGUGUCAAAUAUUUUGUCCGCUUGGACCACAUUUUAUGCAAUUAUAUCAUUUGACAUUCACCUCGAAAUUAAUGAUUUUCCGUUGCAAGUCCCACACUACGCUACAAGAAAUGCUGGUUAUUCCAAUUGCAAUUACAACACUAAUAAUAAUUGUAUUAUAUAUGGUACAUGUAUUUCCAAUAAAAUUUUCAUUUAAUUUUUAGUAAUAAACUUCAAUAAAACAAACAAAAAGGAA